GUCGUCUAUGUAACCACAAAAGAAGCUUCAAACUGGUUUAUCAUUUUCUUGCACAACCAGAAAACUCCAUUUCCCUCCCAAAUUCAAGAAACCAUAAAACCUGAACUCGUGGCUUCUCAACCUUCUUCACAGUGUUUACCAAUGGAGAGAGCCAUGCUGCUGCGCUCACUCUCCUCCUCCGCCCCAACGCGCCUCCUCUCCCGCGCAGCUCGUCGCCGUUUCUCUUUCUUCAGUCGUCGUAAUUUCAAUUCUCAAAACCCUAAUUCCCGCAACCCUGUCUCUCUCCUUCGCCACCACUCCGUAUUACGCCCUAUCUCCUCCUUAUCUCUUCCUCUUCCUCCUCCUCCUUUCGAUGGCGGCCGGCGAGCUGCUUUCUCGUCUCUAUCUCCUCAAGCUGUUGCCACUCCUCACUCCGACUCCACCUCUGCUUCAGAAAUUGGAAAGCAUGACGGUGAGUAUGCCGAGAAGCUUGGAUUUGAGAAAGUUUCGGAGCAGUUUAUUGAUGAGUGUAAAUCAAAAGCGAUAUUGUAUAAACAUAAGAAAACUGGUGCUCAAGUUAUGUCUGUUUUGAAUGAUGAUGAGAACAAGGUGUUUGGCAUUGUUUUUCGCACUCCUCCGAAUGAUUCAACUGGGAUUCCGCACAUAUUAGAACACAGUGUGUUGUGCGGCUCCAGAAAAUACCCUCUAAAAGAACCUUUUGUUGAACUUUUGAAAGGGAGCUUGCAUACCUUUCUGAAUGCUUUUACAUAUCCUGAUAGGACUUGCUAUCCUGUUGCAUCUACUAACACCAAGGACUUUUACAAUUUGGUGGAUGUUUACUUGGAUGCGGUUUUUUUCCCAAAGUGUGUGGAGGAUAAAUGGACUUUCCAACAAGAAGGCUGGCAUUAUGAGCUUAAUGAUCCGUCAGAACCAAUUUCUUAUAAAGGUGUUGUCUUUAAUGAGAUGAAGGGUGUUUAUUCCCAGCCAGAUAAUGUUUUAGGUCGCACCGCUCAACAGGCACUCUUUCCGGAUAACACCUAUGGUGUAGAUAGUGGUGGAGAUCCAAAUGUCAUUCCCAAGCUCACCUUUGAAGAAUUCAAGGACUUUCACCGAAGAUUUUACCACCCUAGCAAUGCAAGGAUAUGGUUUUAUGGAGAUGAUGAUUCAAAUGAGCGUCUUCGCCUGUUGAGUGAAUACCUAGAUAAGUUUGAGGCGAGCUCAGCUUCCAAUGACUCAAAGAUUCAACCACAAAGACUAUUCUCAAAACCUGUCAGGAUUACAGAGAAAUAUCCAGCCGGUGAUGGUGAUGAUUUGAAGAAACAGCACAUGAUUUGUCUUAAUUGGUUGUUGUCUGAUGAGCCUCUGGGUUUGGAGACCGAGCUUGCAAUUGGGUUUUUGAAUCAUCUUCUUUUGGGAACCCCAGCCUCUCCUUUGAGGAAAAUCUUGUUGGAGAGUGGCCUAGGAGAAGCUAUUAUUGGAGGCGGCAUUGACGAUGACCUUUUGCAGCCUCAGUUUAGUAUUGGAUUGAAGGGUGUUCAAGAGGAUGACAUUCAAAAAGUAGAAGAACUAGUGAUAACAACGCUUAAGAAACUGGUUGAAGAAGGUUUCGAUUCAGAUGCUAUAGAGGCAUCCAUGAAUACUAUUGAGUUCUCUCUUAGGGAAAACAAUACAGGCUCCUUCCCACGCGGACUGUCCCUAAUGCUUCAGUCUAUGGGAAAAUGGAUUUAUGAUAUGGAUCCUUUUGAGCCUUUGAGGUGGGAGAAACCACUGAUGAAGCUUAAGGAAAAAAUAGCCGCAGAAGGCUCUAAAGCUGUGUUUUCUCCUUUAAUUGAGAAGUAUAUCCUGAAUAACUCUCAUCGUGUAACAGUUGAAAUGCAGCCUGAUCCGGAGAAGGCUGCUCAUGAUGAGGCUGUCGAAAAAGAAUCUUUGGAGAAGCUCAAGGCAAGCAUGACAGAGGAAGAUCUAGCAGAGUUGGUUCGUGCUACCCAAGAAUUGCGCUUAAAGCAGGAAACCCCAGAUUCACCUGAAGCUUUGCGGAGCGUUCCAAGUCUCUCUUUGCAUGACAUCCCGAAAAAACCUAUUCAUAUUCCCAUUGAGAUUGGGGAUAUCAACGGCGUGACUGUUCUGCAGCAUGACCUAUUCACUAAUGAUGUCAUUUAUACUGAAGUUGUUUUUGAUAUGAGUUCCCUGAAACAAGAGCUUCUCCAAUUUGUACCUUUAUUUUGUCAAUCAUUGUUGGAGAUGGGUACCAAAGAUAUGGAUUUUGUGCAACUUAAUCAAUUAAUUGGAAGGAGAACAGGAGGAAUAUCUGUUUACCCUUUUACUUCAUCUCUAAGGGGUAGUAAGGACCCGUGUGCUAAGCUGAUUGUCCGAGGAAAAGCAAUGGCUGAACGCGCUGACGACCUUUUCAAUCUGAUGUAUCGUGUCCUUCAGGAGGUUCAGUUCACUGAUCAACAGCGCUUCAAGCAAUUUGUUUCUCAGAGUAAAGCAAGAAUGGAGAACCGAUUGAGGGGCAGUGGUCAUGGAAUUGCAGCUGCAAGAAUGGAUGCAAAGUUGAAUUCUGCUGGUUGGAUUUCUGAGCAAAUGGGUGGUAUCAGUUACCUUGAGUUCCUGAGAGAUCUGGAGGAGAAAGUUGAUCAGGAUUGGGAAGGGAUCUCUCUCUCCUUGGAGGAAAUUCGCAAAUCUCUACUUACAAAGAAGCACUGCUUGGUAAAUUUGACUGCUGAUGGGAAAAAUAUUACAAACUCAGAAAAGCAUAUUGGCAAAUUUCUUGACUCGCUUCCGGACUUCUCUUCUGAACCAAAUACGUGGAAUACUCAGCUCUCUUCUCAAAAUGAAGCCAUCGUGAUACCCACUCAAGUCAACUAUGUUGGGAAAGCUGCUAAUGUAUAUGGAGGUGGUUAUCAGCUUAGUGGAAGUGCUUAUGUCAUUUCGAAAUAUAUCAGUAAUACAUGGUUGUGGGAUCGUGUACGAGUGAGUGGCGGUGCUUAUGGAGGUUUUUGUGACUUUGAUACUCAUUCAGGGGUUUUUACAUUUUUGUCCUACCGAGAUCCAAAUCUGUUAAAAACGCUUGAUGUUUACGACGGAACUGGAGAUUUCCUUCGUGGACUGGAAUUGGAUAAUGAAGCUCUCGCCAAAGCAAUCAUUGGGACCAUCGGUGAUGUUGACUCAUAUCAACUGCCUGAUGCCAAAGGUUAUACUAGUUUGUCACGGCACUUACUAGGAAUCACGGAAGAAGAAAGAGAAAAAAGACGCGAGGAGAUAUUAUCAACAAGUGUAAAGGACUUCAAGGAAUUUGCAGAUGCAGUUGAUGUAGUCAAAGAUAAAGGAAUUGUAGUUGCCGUUGCAUCUCCGGAAGAUGUUGAAGCUGCAAAGAAGAUAGAUCCCGACUUCUUCCAAGUGAAGAAAAUGCUGUAAGGUAUUGGCUGGUUUGCAGGGAGAGAAGUAGACUGUAGAUCGGAAACAGUUGAUAAGAUUGCAAAAGGAGUUCUCGUGCCCUGAUUUUUCGAGUGGUAUGAGAUCAUUUUUACCCUGACAAAGUACAAUUGCCAUGAUAGCUGAUCAUAGACUAGUGAUUUUCUUUAGUAGUCUUAUAUGAACAGUGGUUAAAAUUUUCGUGAUGUUGAUGUGAGUCUCAAAUGUUGUACAGUUACACAGUUCACUUCGCAUUGCCGUCACACGUGCAGGUUGAAAAAAAUAUUAAUAAUAAAAUUGCAUUUUGUCAGUCGUAAAUAAUAUGCGUUCCCUUUUUGAUAA